UAGCAAAAGCUAGCAGUCCGUGUGCUCUGAUUGUGAUUAUUGAGGACAAACUUUGAGGUUGUCCUUUGAUGACAUUGAAAGCUCUCCACCACUUGAAGCGCCACUGCAGCUUCCUCUCCACCACCACCACCAUUGAACCGCCAACAACAGAAUCCCAGAUCCUUCAACACUGCAGAGAUGCCUCACUCUCCAAAGCCCUCACUCUCCUCAACAAAACCCACAACAUCUCCUCUUCCCAUAAAUCUAUCAUCUAUGCCUCUCUCCUCCAAACCUCCACUAAGACCCACUCCUUCCUCCACGGCACCCUCCUCCACUGCCACGUCAUCAAGUCCGGCCUCGACACCGACCGCUUCGUCGGCAACAGCCUCCUCGCCCUCUACUUCAAGCUCGCCCCACUCUUCUACCAAGCCCGCCGGAUCUUCGACGGGCUUCUCUUCAAGGAUGUCAUUUCAUGGACUUCCAUAAUCUCAGGCUAUGUUAAUGUGGGUGAUCCCAAAAGCUCACUUAUCUUGUUCUCUCAGAUGGUGGGCCUUGAAGGCCUUCAGCCUAAUGCCUUCACACUUUCUUCUGUUAUCAAGGCCUGCUCCGAACUUGGGUUCUUGAGGCUCGGAAGGUGCUUCCAUGGGGUUGUUGUGAGCCGUGGGUUCGACUCAAAUCGAGUGGUUUCUAGUGCGUUGAUUGAUAUGUAUGGGAGGAAUUUUGGUGUGGAGGAUGCACGCAAGAUGUUUGAUGAAUUGCUUGAACCGGAUACUGUGUGCUGGACAUCAGUUAUUUCAGCGCUUACAAGGAAUGAUAGGUUUAAGGAGGCUGUGGAGCUGUUCUAUAAUAUUCAUAGAGGUUGCGGGUUGGCGCCAGAUGGUUUUACCUUCGGGACAUUGUUGGCUGCUUGUGGUAACUUGGGGUGGCUGAGACAGGGGAGAGAGGUGCAUGCUAAGGUUGUUACUUCUGGGAUAUGUGGGAAUGUGGUUGUUGAGAGUAGUCUUUUGGAUAUGUAUGGUAAGUGCGGUUCGGUUGGCCAGUCUAGGAUUGUUUUUGAUAGGAUGAGCAAUAAGAAUUCGGUGUCAUGGACUGCUAUGCUCGGCACGUAUUGUCAUAAUCGAGAGUAUGAGACCGUGCUCAAUCUUGUUAGGGAGAGUGGGAUUGUGGAUAUUUACAGCUUCGGGACUAUUCUUCGUGCGUGUUCGGGACUGGCUGCUGCGAGACAGGGAAAAGAGGUUCAUUGUAUGUAUGUGAGAAAGGGUGGUUGGAGAGACAUUAUAGUGGAGUCAGCCUUGGUUGAUCUAUAUGCAAAAUGUGGGUGCGUUGAUUUUGCGUAUAGGUUGUUCUUGAGUAUGCAAGUUCGAAAUCUGAUAACAUGGAACUCAAUGAUUGGCGGGUUUGCACAGAAUGGAAAAGGGAUGGUAGCAUUGGCCUUGUUUGAGGAUAUGAUCAAAGGAGGGAUGCAGCCUGAUUAUAUCACUUUUAUUAAUGUUCUCUUUGCUUGCAGUCAUACUGGUUUGGUUAACGAAGGGAGAGAAUAUUUUACUUUAAUGACAAAGAAAUAUGAGAUUCAGCCUGGAGUUGAGCAUUACAAUUGCAUGAUUGAUCUUCUAGGUCGUGCCGAACUGAUAGAGGAGGCUGAGAUUUUGUUGGAAAAUUCGGAUUGUAGAGAUGAUCAGUCACUUUGGGCAGUGCUUCUUGGAGCUUGCACUAGGUGCUCAGACUAUAUCACUGCAGAACGCAUCGCCAAAAAGAUGAUUGAGCUGCAACCAGGGUUCCAUUUAAGUUAUGUUCUGCUUGGUAACAUUUAUAGAACAGUUGGUAGGUGGAAUGAUGCUCUAGCAAUCAGGAAGUUAAUGGAGGAUAGAGGGGUUAAGAAGAUGCCUGGCAAGAGCUGGAUUGAAAGCGAGAAUCAAAAGAGAUCUCAUUUUGAUCUGGCUAACAUGAGCAUUGCUGGGAAAAGCAGUACUUAUAGCAUGGAAGGAUGGAUCAAUUAACAUCAUGAACUUUUUUAUCUCAGUUCAAUGAAAGCUGAUGAGCUAGGACUUACCCUUUUGGUGGUUUUGAGCUAGCGAGAUUGUAGCACCAGCUUCGUAUGGAUGGCAUAUGGAAUUUCAAAAGAUCCUCUGAUGACAAUGGAAACAAUUGUCAGCAUGGCAAUUGCUGGUGCAAUCGUUGGAGCAGCAGUAGGUGGUUGGAUGAAUGAUGCCUUUGGACGAAAGAAGGCCACCCUCUUUGCUGACAUUAUAUUUACUCUUGGAGCCAUUCUCAUGGCUGCUGCACCUGAUCCUUAUGUGCUCAUACUCGGGCGUCUUCUCGUUGGCUUGGGUGUUGGUGUUGCUUCUAUUACUGCUCCUGUCUACAUUGCAGAAGCAUCACCAUCUGAAAUAAAAGGAUCUUUGGUAAGCACAAAUGUGCUCAUGAUCACUGGUGGAGAGCUUUCAAUGUCAUCAAAGGACAACCUCAAAGUUUGUCCUCAUUCAUCACAAUCAGAGCACAGGGACUGCUAGCCCUUGUCUAGGGUUAUUCUUAUUUGAUUUUGCCAUUUUUUCAUUAGAAAAUUCGAAUAUUGGUA